GAUCUCGAUUCUCGAGUUGAGUUACGGUAAAUGACGUCAUACACACACUUGUUUUCUUCAAAAAAUCUGUCAAUACACGUUUGUGUAAUUAUCAAAAUUAGACGACUGACACUGUGAUCAACGUCAUGAUGGUGAUGCUGCUUCUUCAAACCUGAAUUGGGCCAGAAUAGUGUGACUACCGUAAUGCAACUUUCCUGACUAGUUGUGUGAGAAUAUUGAACAUCAUGGCAAAUCAGAUUCCUGUUAAUAUCCAGUCUUCUCUGGCUAUAUGUUCAUCAUUGACCAGUCUCAUUGGGAAGUCUUUUGGGCCAAAUGCUCAGCUAGUGAUGUACACCACCUCCACAGGAAAGGUUUUGCUGACAAGUGAUGGGAGAUCAAUUCUUGGAGCUCUGCAUGUGUCUCAUCCCAUUGGUCGUUGGCUGAUUGAUAGAGUCGUAACUUUUGCUCACCAAACAGGGAACCACACAAAGUCAUUUAUUUUUAUUAUGAAUAAAAUGGUGGAGGAUAUUUCCCAUCAGAUAACCACUUCUUUGCAUGGUCCGGAUCUGAGAUGCAAAACCGUUAUAAGAGAACAAGUCAUACAACUUGUCCGAGCACUCAAUGUUGUAAAGCAGGAUAUCUUCCCAGAGAAGGUCCUACCUGCUCUAAUGGCAAAAUCUCAGUGUUUUUCAGCUUUUGACUUUAAGGCAUUAAAAACAUUUGGGGAAAAUUUGAUACACACAUAUCUACAAGGCAGAGUAAGCUUGAGACAGUCAAAUUUCAUGUCGAAAUUACUUUGGAAAUUCAUUUAUGGAUAUGCAGGGAGUACUGAAGCAUCUAUAUUGUCUAUAAAGGAGGCUGUGCUUGCCUUACAGGAUAACUUCCAUGUAGCUUCUGUCAAAGUCGUGGGUUUACCAGUGGAGUCUUCGAGCAUAAGAAAGGGAAUAAUCCUUAGCAGAUGUUUUGUCAACAAAGAUUUGAAGGAGAGAAAAUGUGGAGUUGAAAAGAAGAGCAUCAUAAUAUUUGGAUCUGAUAUUUCUAAGACUGCUGUAGAAGCAGAUGCCACAAUAUCAGCAAGGACAGUGCAAGCUCUUGUUCACAACAUGCAACACACAAGACUUCAGAUGAUGAGAAUUGUCAAUCUACUGCAAGAUAAUAACAUUGAUGUUGUCUUAUGUUCAGAAUGUCUUUCUGCUACCCUCUUAUCUCUUCUUCACCAUGCAUCUAUAACAGUCAUCCAAGCAUUACCUGUGGAGGAGCUGCAAAGACUAAGCCAUUUUACUGGGAUCAACAUCCUAUACGAAAUGCCCAGGGAGUUUGAUGAUUCCUGCAUUGGGAUUGCAGAAGAAGUUCAGGAAGUCACACUUGGUAAUCAUCGUUACAGCCAAAUUGUGAUGAGAGAUGGACCAGUGGGAGGUCAGCUUGUUCUAUGUGCCCCAAGUGAAGGUAUGUGUAUGGUGCUGUCUCAUGCUUCCAUGGGUGCAAUAACGUGUGUCAAGAUGUGGCUUGAUGGAGAUGAUGAUAUAAUUGCAAGGUCAGUUGGGACUGAAUACUUAUGGUCCAAAGACCAAUCUUACAGUGCAGCUUCCAAAGUUGAACCUUCUGAGAUCUGUAUGAAGCCCAAGCAGAGAAAAGCAUCUCAAUCAGUGUGUAAUGGAAGCAUUAUGGAAUGUGAAAACAAAGGUGAGAUGCAAACAGGAUAUCUAAUAUCUGGAGGUGGUGCUGCAGAGAUCAUUGCAAGAGACAUACUCACUCAGAAUCUUCCUGUGCACAAAGAUAACUACCACCUGUACACUGCCAUCAGAAUUAUAUCUAAUGCCCUGCUAUGUAUACCUGAAAGAAUCCAUCGGAACUCGUUUGCUGCACAAUCCAAGGACAGUCGCUCAUUUAUCAAGAUUAUCAACGACAUGCAGAGCAUGUGCAGGGACCAACGCUGUGAAGCAUGGGGCAUCGAUGGGCAAACUGGAGAGCCAAGUUGCACAUUCAAUAGAGGUGUUGUAGAGGUACUUAGGGGAAAAUUUUUGCUGUGGAUCAAUGUCAUUGAGGCUGUCAUUGAACUUCUCAACAUGGAUACCAUAAUUCCAGUGCAGGGGAACUUGAGAGGAACUGGGAAUGAAGAUGAUAAGUUUAAUAUACCAAUAUGAUGUUGUCAGAGAGACCACCUGAUGUCUAGAGAUCAUCUUGUGCAGGAAGACUUGGAAGCAAGACUAAAAAAGAAGAAGUCAGCAUGGAAGAUUGGAUGACUGUUGGCUACUGGUUGAAGAAAGAGUACAUACACCUAUUAAACUACUCUAGAGGGGGCAACUAUCCAUAGAAGAGGUUACUGAUGAACACAUCCAAGAAUGCCUUCAUUUAUUCUAUGUUCUCAACGAAGAGGAAGUAUGAAGGAGGAAGAAAGAAAGAGAAUGAGGAAGUGAAGUCCUGAGGAGAAGGGGUGGAUGGAGGAGGAAGAAGAAGGAGAAAAGGAAGAAGUAUAAGAAAGGAGUAGGAUGAAUCCUCUUGUGGAAGUUUUAAAAAACUUCAAUAAAAAUAAAAUGUAGACUCAUAUUUGUUAUGUAGAUUAUACUCUUCAUCAUUCCAUGAACAUCAUUGAAAUUGAAAACUAUGAUUGUUAGAAUGCCUGAAAAGACAUUUACAUGUGUCAAGUUUACUUUCGCUCUGUCUGAGGUAUUCCAGAAUUUUUGCGUAUACUACGGAGACAUUCUCUACAACGCACCAAUUCCUUUGAAAAUGCAAGUCAAAUCAUAAUGGAGAGCUGAGAGGCUUUUGUUGAAAGUUGGUGGACCAGGACAGCAUUGGAAUCUGUUGACUCUGGACUAUGACAAAUUUGCAAUUGUUUGUCUGGUGCAAAUCUUCGGAUGAUUUGCUGUCCCUAUCCACCAAUUUUUCGAAAUAGCCUCUCAGCUCUCCAUUGUUAUUUUAAUUGCAUUUUCAAAGGAAUUGAUGCGUCUCUGAAGUAAAUGCGAAGACUGUCUACUUCUACUGCAGAGUGUACAUUUACUGUCCCAAACAGUACUGCUUGCUGUGAAAGUCAGGAUCAUAAGUUUGUAAUCAGAUAAGAAAACAGAAUUUUGAGCAUUUUUAAGAAAUGCAUGAUUUUGUAAAAAUUGUGAUGGGCAUUUGCAAAUUAUGAGACCAUGAUAUUUGAUGCCUUAAAUUAGUCUUAAUUUCCUUGUACACAUGCAAUUUCAAAUACUUUAUUCUUCUCCAGUAUUUGAAACCCUGUAUUGACUCAUAUCAUGUGUGUUGCUAGUGACUCUGGCACUCUGUUAGCAGAGAGAUGUGAAGGUCUUGCCGCUCAGCAUGAAUUUGGGUGCGUACCUGCGUAAAAGCUGAUUUCAGCGACAAAAAAAAAAAAAACCUAUGCUCUUUGGAACGGAUUGAAGCAGCCAGAGCAGACUUC